AUACAAAAUGGUGCGCUGGUUUGUGGAUCUCGAGGCAGGAAUUUGUUUUCGAAUAUGUUUAACCAAUCGAUGGUACAGAACGGCAGAGGUCACGUUCGUUGCAAGGCUCAGACUUGCUGUGUGAGUGUGUGUGUGUUUGGCAGCUCCGGCGAUGGAGGGCAGCGCUUGGCUGCCGCUGUGGCUUUCUAUUUCAGUCUGGGACGAGGGAUUCUGGCUUCCACAGAACGUCAGCAGGGCACAGCUGGAAGAUUCGCAGAACCCAGUCUAUCCCCGGCUCAAGGAUCUAUACUUUCUUUUGCCCUGGACUUGGGCUAUCUACGUGUUACGGCUUCUUUUUGAGAGGUUUAUUGCAGCGCCAUUUGCUAAACUCCUUGGAGUGGACUGUAGGCCUAUCCAGAAGGCUCAGCAAAAUAUUGUUCUUGAAAAAGUGUUCAGAGAUAUAACCACGGAACCUGGUAAAAACCAUCUGACUCGUUUGGCAAAACAGCUAGAUUGGGAUACAAAGAAAGUGAUACAAUGGUUCAAGUUGCGGCGAUACCAGGACAAGCCAAGUCUCUUGACAAAGUUCUGCGAGAGCAUGUGGAAGUUCAGUUUCUAUUUAUGGGCCUUCUCGUUCAGUUUUUACUACCUGUCAAAGAGUCCCUGGCUGUGGGAUAGCAAAGAAUGCUGGUACAACUAUCCCUUUCACGAGCUUUCAUUUGAAGUCUAUAUACACUUCAUGAUGGAAUUUGCUUUCUAUGGAUCUCUGAUAUUUUCACAGUUUUUUGAUGUUAAAAGAAAGGAUUUUGUUGUUAUGUGCGUCCAUCAUCAUGUCACCAUUCUGCUGCUGACAAUUGCCUACAUUGCUAACAUGACACGGGCAGGAACAAUUAUUCUCCUCUUGCAUGAUGCUGCUGACGUUUUUCUAGAGCUUGCUAAAAUGGCAAACUAUGCUAAAUGGCAAAAGCUCUGCAACAUCUUCUUCUUGAUGUUUGCCGUGGUCUUCAUUGUGACCCGUCUGGUAAUAUAUCCAAUUACGAGCAUCAGGUCUGUAUUUUUUGAAAGCUGGGAGAUCAUUGGACCAUUCAAAAUCUGGGGCUUUAUAAAUCUUCUUCUCAUCACGCUGCUGAUUAUGCACAUCUACUGGUCCUACCUUAUCAUCCGUAUGGUGCUUAAAGCAUUUCAUAAAGGAAAGGUAUCUAAAGAUGAGCGAAGUGAUGUAGAGAGUAGCUCUGAGGAGGAGGAGCAAUCCGAACAAAAUGCGCAUGAAAAAGCAUCAUAAUGGCCUUCCAAAAUGGCUGACCAAGAUAUUCCACAGUUUGUCAGGAUGCAAGUUCAAGCUAUGAAAGAAACGGGAAGCAUUUUAUUUAAAGAAAAACUGCUAUUCGCUACAUAUGUGUUUGCAAUAUAAUUGACUGAAAAAUAUUCAUUGUGGACUGUUUACAAAGUUAUGAAAAAUAUGUGUAUUUCCUAGAUCAGAGUAUUACACUGCAUCAUUAAGGUCCAAAUUACUAUAGUAAUAAUAAUAAUGUGGAUAUUUUAGCAUGAGUUAAAUUCUUUUGACUUUAUUUCUAAAAUAAACUUUAUAGGCACAUAUUUCUAAAUAAGAAAAGGUUUUGUCAUUUGCCUUAUAAGCAAGGUAAAAAUGAUUUUUUUGAAGUUGGAUCAUUGCAUCAGAAAAAAAUGUUUUGAAGUAAUAUCUCAGUC